GUGCAAGCGGAGUUCGGGGAGCUCAGUCUGCAGCUUUCCUGGGAGCGCGCGGAGGAGAGCGCAAGUCAGCAGGGACUGCAGCGGCGGCGGCAGAAACGCGAGUAGAAGGGUGCAACACCCUGAGGUUCCCCGGGAGAACAAGUCCUCCUGCACCUGCUGGGGCUGCAAAAGCCGAAAUUACCCGGAAGUAGCUUCCAAAUUUGCCUAAACGGCAGCUCUAGGGAAAGCUGUGGAGAAGACUCAUCGGCCAACGAAGCUGCCUCUUGAUCUAGAUUUUGUUUGCUUUUGAAAUUUGAUGGAUCAAAUUUGAUGGGCUACUCCAGCCUGGUAUAUUUCCCAGUUCCAGGUCCACUAACUGUGAUUGGCAGAUAUAUUUGAAGACAGAUGAACAUGUUCAAGAGCCACCUUUUUUUGUACUACUGGACCAUCUUUCAUGUUUUCAAUUUAUUAGCAGUAUGGACAACUGCUGAAGAUGUCAUUAACAGCACUUUAAAUCACACAGACCUGCUGACGGGAUUUGUACCAAUGGUAAUCUCCAGAAUUGACCAUAUUAUAGUCAAGGAAGGUUAUAGUGCAUUGAUUGACUGCAAUGUUCAAGGUUAUCCAGAACCAGUAUACAAGUGGUACAACUCAAAUGGCCAUUUGGUGAAAGAAGAUGGUGACAGAGCAGGAAAAUGGAUUCUCAAUAGCGGGCAACUAAAUAUUACCAGUGUGUCAUUUGAAGAUCGAGGAAAAUACACAUGUGUUGCUUCUAACAUCUAUGGCAAAGUGAAUAAUACUGUCACCCUGAGGGUUGUAUUUAUCGCUGGAGACAUGGGGAUCUACUACAUGAUUGUAUGUCUUGUAGCAUUUACUGUUGUUUUGAUCUUAAAUAUUACUAGAUUAUGCAUGAUGAGUAGCCACUUGAAAAAGACUGAGAAAGCAAUCAAUGAUUUUUUUCGGACAGAAGGAGCUGAAAAGCUGCAAAAAGCUUUUGAGAUUGCUAAGCGCAUCCCAAUAAUCACCUCAGCAAAAACUCUUGAGCUUGCCAAAGUAACCCAGUUUAAGACAAUGGAGUUUGCCCGCUACAUUGAGGAACUAGCUAGAAGUGUUCCCCUACCACCUCUUAUAAUGAAUUGUAGGACUAUCAUGGAAGAAAUCAUGGAAGUAGUCAGAUUAGAGGAACAAGGCCAUAAAUUUGUAAGGCAAUCAGCCGUGGGGCAAGGGAUCACGGACCCUGAUGAAAUGUACAUGAUUUCCAGUCCCCUAAAGCGUAGUGACUCUCUUGCUGCUGAUUCAGAUGCAUCUUCUUUGCAUGAACCACCACUCAAGAUUGCUAUAAAAGUCUCAGUUCACCAGUUAACUAAGAAGGACUGUAUGGAUCACCUCACACAGGAUAGUAUAUCUUUAGAAAUGAAAGAAGGGAAAGAAAUUGCUCAGGUACAGAUGCAACCUAGUGACCUGGUCUUGGACCCUUCAACUGAAUUCAGCUCAACUGAGACAAUUGUGGGAAGCGGCAAGGACACCCAUAAAUAAAUGGGUUUAUAUAUUAAACCCAUUUAUGAUCAUUUAUCAGCAAAUGUAUACUGAUCAAAAUAGUGAUAAAAUGAGGUGGCAGAGUUGAUAAGCCUUAUCUGAACACCAUAAUUGCAAAAACAACUAUAUGGAUUUCUUGAUACAUUCUUCCUCAUUAUAUACUGUGCAGUAUAUUUAGCUGAAACACAUGAUAUAAUUUCUAUGACACUAAUAUUUACUCUUUUUGAUCCAGGGAAAUUUUAAUUGACAUUAUUUUAGCUCACAAAACACCUCAAGAUAAUGGAUUAGGAUUCUGCUGCUUGCAAGAAUAUCUAGAAAUUGUGUUUACCACUUAGAAAUAAGAUCUUAAAAUUCUCAACUCAGAACAUUCCAUUUCAGAGCACAGCUGUUGAAGUCAGGGGAGUUCUUGGUAAGGUCUGUUUUAGCAAGAUGCUAUAAUACUUAAUGCUAUAUUACAUAAACAAAAAAAAAUCUCCUGUAUUUUUCAUUUUGUUCUAUCAAUUACUCCUUUGUGUACUUUUGUAAAUUCAAAUAUUGUACAUGAAGAACAUUUUUGUAGCCAAACUAAAAUGUGUAGGAACUAUUGUCCUACAUUUAUUUCAUCGGAUAGUUUAUAUUUAAAACAGUAUAUCUUUGGGUUUUUUAAAUUUAAUAGAAGAAAGUAAUGAUUUUCUUCACAAACUGGAUUAUUGGCUACUUUCUUUCGCAAGACAAUAUCUGGUCUCUAGGCAGAAAGUCUCGAGAUAGCUACCCAUUAUCCCAAUUACAAGCACAAAAUGGGAGUCAUCAGAACUCUACAUCACUGAGCUGAAGGCCUGCCUACCAGCAAAGAUAGGAAAGAAAAAGAAUUCAAACACAUCAAGGAAGCCCUCACAACAUGUGGCUAUCCCAAGUGGGCCUUCAUCAAAUCUCAAAAAAAGAUCCUACAGGAGCUCCUCCAUAACAGACAAUGAAGAGAACAGUAAACAAAACAUUGUCAUUCCAUAUAUUACAGAAAUAUUGGAAAAGCUUAGGAGGAUCUUCAGCCAACACAACAUACAUGUACACUUCAAACACAAAAAUACACUAAGGCAGAACCUUGUUCAUCCCAAGGAUAAAACACCCAGACACAAACUAAGCAAUGUGAUAUAUGCAGUACAAUGUAGUGAGCCAUGUGCAGAUCUGUACACUUCAUAAACGCAUGACAACAUAGAAGAACAAACCCAUCAGGACAGGAUUCAGCAGUCCAUCUGCAUUUAAAAAACAAAAGCCACUCUUAAAGACAGCAAAGUCCAAAUUUCGGACAGAGAGGGCCUCUGGUUUGAAAGAGGGGUAUGUCAAAAUUGAACAUAGGAUCCAUUCCCUACCGUCCACUCAGAGCUGAAGAAGCUUCUUGGUUGAGAAAUGAAACAUCUUCAAAGAAAAACCAGAAAGUCCAGUUGCCUCUUGAAAAAGCACCUUUUGGACAACCAUGGCCUGGGUGACUGAGGAUCUCCAUAGACAUUUAGUUCAAAUUGCAUUAAGCAAGCAAAAUUAUUCUUCAGAAUAUCCAUGUCAUAUCAUGACGAUAUGCAAAAAAGGAAUCUGAUCCUUAUGCAUCAGAAAUAUUUUUUAUAGCUGUAAACUAGACCAAGCAAUCACAAGGAGUCUACGGUGGUUCAAAGAGGCGUGCAUGUGUGCAGACACACAUACACAGCUUCUGUAGUGCAUCACAUUACACUUUAUCUAUACUCCUCUCUUCAUGUGGCAUACCAAAUAAGGGGAAUUCUGACCAUGUUUGCAUUUGAUCACCCUAAUCUUUGCAGGAAUCUCAUUUCAACAUAAUGUGACUUUGUAUUGCUACUAUGAUUAUGAGGAUAGAAUAUGCAAUGUAUAGCUAUAGGAACAAUUUGCUUCUGUGUAUUUUCAAGAAUAAGAAAUUGCAGAUCUGCAUAAAAAGCUGCCCUGAAUGAUGGCUGCCAAGUAGGAAUAUCUGCAUCAGAUGAAAUAACUUCACUGCAUGAAUAGAUAUGAACAAGUUACAGCUUCAGUUAUCCAGCAAAUAACUAUGGGGUAACAGUGAUUGGGUUGUGCCUUGUUAUAAUAUAUAAUUUAGAUUCAGAAGUUUGCUAAGAUACGGGCAGGCAACUUAGUGCUGCAGUAAUAAGCAAUAAUUGCUAGCGUACAGGGAGACAUCUCAUUAAAACUCCACCAGGUAUUAUUUCCCAGGCACCCUCACAAAGCAGGUUUUCUGACAGCAAUAUAUAUAGCAAUUCAAUUAUUAAUAGGCUUUACUAUGAGGUUAUGUAACCAUGUUUGUGAUUCUUAAAUGUUCAUGUUUUUGUUGUGGUUGAAGGGAUUACUCUCCCUUCCUUUAAAAACAGAAGCAUGCCCUGGCUGGAUUAAACCAAAGGCCACCAAAUUCUUGCAGUAGCCCAUUCAAUGACACUGUAAAGUCCAUUAGUAGGACAGGUGUCCAGACUUCUUCUCUACUCUUUUACCUUACCAUCUGGUAUUUAGAGUGCCUUGGUGCUUCAGAAUCUAGACCGCCAUAUGGUACACUUAUUCUGAAAAAGAGCAGGUGAUAACAGUGACUCUGAAUUUAACUAAUCCUAUUAGAUUAGAAUUUACUUCAUUUAUAUAGGCAGUCAUCAUCAAAAGUGAAUCAAUAGUUUGUGUUAUGUGAGGAAAUAUUUGCUCUGUUCUGAAUUUCCUACAUUGAGUUCCAGUAUUGUGAUGGUGGGUCUUCUCCAAAUCUCUGCGGUUUCUAUUCAUUUGUUUUUCCCAUUAACUAAAAACAUAUUCUUAUAAUUUCCUCGUUUCUACCCAUUUUUGUUGUAAAUCAUUUAAGAUUGACUAAAUAUAAGGGGACACAGGGUGGAAAAGCUAAGACUUACUCUCUUUUUUUGGCCUGUUCUUAAGAAUUCUUACCUGAAAGACCUACAUUUCUUGAAAAUCAUACAAAAAAAUAAGUAAUUAUCAGGUAUGAAUGAACAAAUCAAACAACUAGCUCUUGAAAAAUAAGGAAUCAGAAUAGGAAUAUUCUUUAUUGGCGUGUGUGAUUGUGUGACACAAGGAAUUUGUCUCCAGUGCAUAAGUUCUCAGUGUACAUACAACCAAGUGGUAAUCAUAGAUUAUAAAUUAUAAGAUACAAACAAGUGAUAAAUCAUAAUAUACCAAUAGGAGAGGGUAGUAGGAAAGAUGAGAAGGAUAAUAGCAGUACAGCUGUACUACAUGGGUAAAUAUAUUUAGACAUAAGGCAGUGCUAUAGAAAUUGGUUGUUUAGCAGAGUGAUGGCAUGGGAGCAGUGUUGAAAUCUAAAAUUUGUUACUACCAGUUCUGUGGGCGUGGCUUGGUGGUGGUGGGUAAUGUGACUGGGUGGGCGUGGUCAUUUUUUUUUUUAACUUUUAAAACCAUUUUUUCUACAACCUCUUUGGGAAGAGGUUGUAAAAAAAUGCUUUCAAAAGGCUCUGACGAUCCCAGCUGAGUUGCCUGGUCGGCAGAGACUUUUUUUCUUUUAAAUGCCUCUGAUGAUCCAAGCUGAGUUGCCUGAUCGUUAGAGGCAUUUAAAAGAAAAAAAGGAUUUUUUUCUUUUAAAAGUCUUUGACGAUCCCAGCUGAGCCGCGCGAUCAUCAGAGGCUUUUUUUUUUUUAACUUUUAAAAGCAUUUUUUCGGCCAAAGAGGUUGUAGAAAAAAUGCUUUUAAAAGUAAAAAAGAAGCCUCUGAUGAUUGUGUGGCUCAGCUGGGCAUAGGGGGGGCAGGGAUUUUUGCUACCGGUUUUCCGAACCACCCGCCUCCAUCACUACCAGAUCACGCGUUCAGUCCGAACCAGGAACAUUUCACCCCUGCAUGGGAGGGGGGAACUGUCUCUGUGUCUAGUUGUUUUGGCAUUCAAUGCCCUAUAGCGGUGUCCCUCAGCAAUUUGUGAGGGGACACAAAUUGAAACAGUUUAUGUCCAGGAUGUGAGGGCUCUGUAGAUAUUUUCUCAGCCCUCUUUCUGACAGUAUACAGUUCCUCAAUCGAAGGCAGGCUGGUUGCAAUUGUACCAUGUAAAUUUUUAGAUAUCUAUUCCUAUUCUUCCGGAGUAUAAAAAAUUAAGAGAUAGAUUAAAGAUAUAUUUAAAAAGAACCUUUUCACUUAACAUCCACUAUUGUUACCAUUAUUUAUUGGAGUAAGAAAACCUUACUCCAAUAAAUAAAUACAAAACAAGUAAAUCUAAUACACACUGCAUGAGGAAAGUCUCUGUUGAUUUAGAAACACUAUACUAACUGAAAAAAGGCAAGGAUAUUUCCCAGGUAAUUAAAAUUAGUUGACUGCAAAAAAGAGAGCUAAGCAUUGGGAGUGGAGGGUGUCACCUUUGAUUUAAUUCAUUGAUGUUCUCAUGCAUACAUCAUUUUAGCUUUAUCUUCUGCAGUAUUACAUUUCUUCACCAACUUCAAGUCUGUUUUUGCACUGAAUUUAAUGAAAUUUACUUUUUGUAGAAGAGUUUACUUACGUAUCAUCUCUUCAAAUCCUGAACUCAUGUCAGUGGACAAAAGUUACUUAUGAAUAGGAAACCCUCUUUCAGCCAGAAAGGGAAAAGGAUAGAUUUCUUUGCAUAUUCAAAAUUCCCCUUUUCAAAUCCAGCAACUGAAAAGGGAAGUCCACUAUAUAGUUAUAUAACAAGACCAUCUUCUUCUACUUUAACAUCAGCAGAGCGGGAAAACAUUGCAAUUGUAAACAUAAAUUAGCUUCAUAUUUGAUUUAAUUUUAUAUAAGAUUUAUUUUUCUCUUGGCUCAACCACUUCUGGAAUGUAUCCCACAUAUUCAUCCCUAAUUACAAUGUCAUGUUAAAAUACUGUAUUUAUUUAAAAUAUUUGUAUUCCACUUUUUUGCUAUAAAAGAUCCAAACAACUCAUAAAAUAAAUUAUUAAGCAUUCAU